AUGGAUAUCCCUCGAUACGACUUUACGGCCUUGAAUGAGCCAGAUGAGAUUCGUGUGCUUAAACUCAGACCAACUCGAACUCGCCUCGAAGUACACAUUUAUCAUGUUUCAGUGUCAGAAUGCAAAUUCGAGGCACUCUCAUACGUGUGGGGAAAGCCAGAUCAGGCAAACUAUGCUGUUGUCUGUGAUGAAUCGGACACGGAAAUCGGAUGGAUCCCAUUAACGAUGAACCUGGGAAAUGCGAUGAGCGACCUCCGAGAUGCCGAAGAGUUGGAGAGCAAGAUUUUCUGGAUCGAUCAGAUCUGCAUCAAUCAGGCAGAUGAGACAGAGAAGGGUUAUCAGGUUGCCAUGAUGAGGCAGAUAUACACGCAAUCAAAGCGGGUGAUUUCCUAUCUUGGGCCUGCUGGUCCAGAGGCAAAAGAGAUACGAGGAAUUAAAUUAUUGAAGGAAAUAUACGGAAGCAUCCCAGAUCAAGCUUGGGGUCAGAUGCAGGAAGCUGGAAGUUUAGAGCAGAUCCAGGAGCUGAUACUUGAUGGAAGCAUACAGCUCAGGCAGCUUUCGCCAGAUUUGCAGUUCGAGGCUGGAAAAUUAUAUGACGAUGAUGAAUUAUCCAAACGAUACGCUGAGCAAGGCUGGGAGUGGAUUUUUGGUGUUGCAUACAGCGAACUGACUCAGAGACUGUGGAUUGUACAAGAGCAACUGCUAAAUAAGGAGAUCAUUAUGCUUCGGGGUCCUCGACUGAUAGAUUGGGAUACCAUUCUUACCAUACCUAUUCUCUUUGCAGUUGGGCAUUUACCUCAACAGUACCAUGAUAUAGGUCGAAGAAACAUCAUGAUGGGUGAAACCUCGCUUACUUGGGAUAAAGUGGAGGGAAUUCUGUAUGGAAUAUGGUGGGACAGACACGCUCGGCAAGAACACGGAGAUGAGUAUUCAUGGUCUUCACUCUUUCACAAUCUGCAGUGGUAUCAACCUCUGCUUUGUGCAGAUGCCCGAGAUCGAGUCUACGCCAUCCUCGCUAUCUCGCGUGACGCAAAUGUGCUAGAUCUUAUACCCGACUAUUCGCCUCUGAAUACUGUAGAUUUACUAUCCAAGCAGCUAUCGAUUCGAGUACUGGAGAAAGCUAUCAAUCUCGAGUUACUCAUCUACGCCAUUUCCUGGCGCUCACUAAAUUCCACACUCCCGUCCUGGUGUCUGACACUUGAUCAACCUGUGAGUCUCAACACUCCUGAGCCUCUUCCCUUUGAGGUGUACACGCCACAUCCGAGACCCUACAGAUAUUUUCCGGCACACUUCCAUACAGAUAACUCUUUACUUGCAGUCAAAGGAAGAAUUCUGGACUACGUGUCUACUCCAGGCUCAGACAUCACCUGCUCCUUGACUGAGGAUCCGAGUGUCCCACUACAGUUAAAGUUCCUCUGCAGCGUUGAAUAUCUGAUACGUGACGCUUUUUCGAUCGAGGAUAUCGUCUGUCUGCUCCGCACAAUCACGGCAAAAGGCCCAUGGUCUGCCCCUUCUAACCUUCAGGCAGGCUCAGAUGAAAUCAUAGUCUUCCACUUCUGGGCCUAUCUUCGGCAUAGGCUGCGUACGCUAUCAGACUCUUCCAAUGGAAAUCAUCCAGCUGUGUUGCAGUUAAUCAACUGUUGCCAUCAGAUAUUGAGAAACACCGGGAAAUUACUCUCAGAUGCUGACAAAUAUGCAUUGCAAGGGCUUGAAGAUGUGACUGAAAUUGAAAGCGUUGCAUACGACCGAAUUUCGAGAUACGUCCUGGAACAAGGCAGAAUUAUUGGACGUACUGCCACAGGGCGUUUAUUUAAUGCUAUGGAUAAUGUGUGCCACGGUGACAGUAUUGUAGCCAUGCAAGGCGCUGAUCGGCUUUUUGUAAUCCGUCGAUCUGCAAGUGGAAGUGCCUACAAACUUAUGGGAGAUAUUUUUGUUGAUGGGCUCAUGAACGAGGAAGCAUACAGAGACCGGGAUCCCGAUAAGAUUGAUUAUGAGAUUGUACUCGAUUAG